CCCAUUCAAGACAUGGUGUUCACCAGUUUAAUUGCUGUUGGCCUUAUAUUCCUCUCUCUUUUCUUUUAUGUCACCUCUAGGAGGCCAGUAUGUACAGGAAAGAGAGCAGGAAAGGUUAGAGAGCCCGUGGAACAGCUCCUAGACCCUGCCAAUAAACCAAACAUCAAAUACGAGCUCAAGGGUUUGUCGGCCCCCAUACUGACCGGCUACCCUUUUAGAUGGCUGGUAAGGCUCGGUGGAUUCACAAGACUUGGAAAUAUCGUAAUACCUCAUCUGAAGCGAAACAGCAACCUGGAUCUCCUUGACGGCGAGUACAUACCAGAAACACCAACACUCUAUCCUCCAGUAUCCCCUCCAGUCAGAGACAAAGAAAUUGAACAGUCUAACAUAAAAGUACUAGAGGGCAUUGCUCGGAAGUACGUUUCAACUAAUGAACGCAUAUCUUCAUUGGAUUAUUGGGCUGCGUAUAAGUCUGGUAGUAUUGAACCAGUGGAUGUAGCUAGAGUAGUCCUCGAGUGUGUUAGAGCUUCUAAUUCUCGUUCGCCUCCAUUGAGGGCAUUCAUUGAAACUAAUGACGAGCUCACAAUGAAAAUGGCCGAAGAAUCGACUGAAAGAUGGAAAAAGGGGAAGCCCCUAUCGUUGCUGGAUGGUGUUCCUAUUGCAAUAAAAGGCGAGUACAAGUUUGAUUCGUUCUCAUUUAGAGCUGGUGCUACAUUUAAGUCGGUCUGUUCCGAUAUAAAGGAGAGCUCGGUCAUAGCUAAGAGGCUCGUGGAAGCAGGUGCUAUUAUGAUUGGUAUCACUAAUAUGCAAGAAUUUGGUAUCGGAGUUUUUGGUUCCAAUCCCCACAAGGAGUAUUUGUCUGCAAGAAACCCAUAUGAUGAUAAGUGUUACUGUGGAGGGAGUUCCUCUGGAUCAGCAGCUGCUGUUGCCUCUGGUCUCUGUCCUAUUGCUCUUGGUGGUGAUGGAGGUGGCUCAGUUCGAAUACCGUCAUCUCUCUGUGGCGUCACUGGUCUUAAG